CACAUGACCUCACUGUUGUGGGCCACAUUACUGCGCAAGUGCAUUAUUGCACGGGUAGUCUGACAGAACAGUGAAUAUGUUUGUUGGCUAGUGAAGAAUUUGGAAUCCUGUAAAAUAAGUCAUCAAAAUAAGAAAUAAUUUAAGACAUUUCGCCCAUGUUUUAUUUCUGUAAAUUGAGCAGAGACUGAUAACUCAAUCGCGGAACUGUGGGGAUAAAGGUGGGAAGAUGUCAAAUCACUCGUCUUACAGCUCUUCACCUAACACUGAUCGCAAGGUCUAUGUUGGGGGCUUCGUCAACGGUGUUACUAAGAGUCAGCUAGAGCGGGCGUUCAGUUACUAUGGCCCUUUACGCAGCGUUUGGGUGGCCAGGCCCGCAUGUUUCGCCUUUAUGGAGUAUGAGGAUGCCCGUGACGCAGAGGAGGCAGUUAAAGGCAUGGAUGGAAAGGUGCUGUGCGCCUCUCGGAUCCAUGUGGAGUUGUCCACUGGCAUGUCACGGAAGGCCAAACAUGACCUCCCCAGCCGUCAACACUUUGACCCUCAAGACCGCUGCUACCAGUCUGGGGACAGGGGCCGCUAUGCCUACGACUGCUACGGUUUCAGCAAGAGGGGUGGAGGUCGUCGGAGCAGAUCACAGUCUCGUUCUAGGUCACGUGGCAGGUCACGUGGCAGCCGUUAUCGAUCCCGUUCCCGCAGCAAUGACCGCAGCAGGCACCGCUCCCCAUCUUAUCCCAAACAUAGGAAGAGGUCCGGCUCCCCUGUGUGGUCCAAGUCCAGGACAUCUGUUAGGAGUCGUUCUCGGUCAGGGUCCCGGGCCAGAGGGCGCUCGGCAUCCCGCUCUCUCCAGAUGCCGCUCUCCCAGCCAUAAGAGGAAUAGUCGUUCCAGAUCUCCAAGCCAGAAAAAGAGCCCCACCCCAGGCGAAGAUUGAUUUGAAGAUUAAACUUGUCUCCAUCCCCCUCCAACCAACUGGCUUUAGCCUUGCAGCUAUUUGUUUUGUCUUUGUUCCCUGCAUUGAUUAGAAUCUACCCCUACCUUUCUGAUGCUGUAUAAUUACUCUACAGGAUUAGCUUCAUAUCUAACCAUGCAUGCCUUACAUGUCACAUUCCUAAAAUGGCUUUUGUGUGUGUCAAAACAGUUCAAAUAGCUAAUUUCAGAAGUGGGAUUUGUGAACCAGAACUUUGUAUUUGUUAUUAUUUCUUAUCUACUAUAUUCAGUGUGGCAUUAUGUUAGAGCUGUAAAAUACUUUAAAUGUUGCUUUCCUUGGUUUAUGACACGGGCAGAUUUUGUAAUAAAUCGACACAUUAA